CGGUUUUCUGAUGUUUCUCCGCGCAAGAAAGCAAAAAGGAAAGAUCCAAACUUCCUACUUGGCUCCCGUCCCGGCGGCGUUCGAAGCGACGGGUUGGCCGUUUUCGAACGGGGCCGAAUUGAGACGCAUGCGCGGACGAGCUCUCUAUGGCUCUCUGAAGAAAGUAAGUGUAUCCUGGUUCGCGUUACCUUGUACAUCUAUGGUCGAGAGCAAAUGAUAGAGGAGCUCGGAGGGAAAGAAGGAUGGCGGCUCUAAUGGUUCGGCGCAUCUUGCUGCUGCCCGGCUGUCUCUCCCGCUCGCCCAAGUGUGGCUACCGCGGGGAUUCUCCAUCUGACUCCGGGAAGGACCUGCUGGAGAUCCCGCUCCCUCCCUGGCAGGCUCGGCCGGACGAGCCCCUGGCCAGCAAGCGCGCCAGGCUCUUAUAUGAGAGCCGCAAAAGAGGCAUGUUGGAGAACUGCCUGCUGCUCAGUUUAUUUGCCAAAGAAAAUCUGAAUCAAAUGAAUGAACAACAACUGGACCUUUAUGACCGUCUAAUAAAUGAGCCAAGCAAUGAUUGGGACAUAUACUCCUGGGCAACAGAAACAAAGCCUGCUCCAGAAAUCUUUGAGAAUGAAAUCCUACAGAUGCUUAGAGAGUUUACUAAAAACAAGCACAGAGAGAAGAGGCUACGACAACCAGAUCUGGAAUAUCUUGCUGAAGGCUCCCACUGAUCUUGUGUGCAUUUCCAUAAAUGCCCAGUUUGGAGAAUCCUUUAAAAUGUAGAAUCAUAUUUGUGCUUUAUGGGCUCCUCCUCCAUAUGUUAUGCCUAAUUUGUGAAUUUUUAUAUAAGUAGCUAUUUUUUCUUUAUUGUACUUUUCUAAAAUAAAGCUUUUUUUCUCGAAAGAAGGGCUGAAACACAAAUGAGGAAAUAGUGAUGAGAUCACUAUUGCACUUUAGAAAUGUCUUUUACUUAUUUGAUUUUUAGACCAUUGUAAUCAUGCAGAUCUUGGCAAUUUAACAGAAGUUGAAAUAGCUGUAAUGUAUUUUUUAAAAAUUAUCUAAACUG